GCCCGGACGUGGCACUCGGCAGUAGCCCUGUGUGGAAAUCAGAGAAAACCGACCAAACGUUGCUUGUGCUGUGGCUAAUAUCAGUGCUCUUUUUCUAGACUCAAACAUCCUUGGCCAGUUAUGGGGCUCACCAUCUCGUCGAUCUUCAGCCAGCUCUUUGGCAAAAAACAAAUGCGGAUUUUGAUGGUUGGGCUGGAUGCUGCCGGGAAAACGACUAUCUUGUACAAAUUGAAGCUGGGUGAAAUUGUAACCACCAUCCCAACCAUUGGUUUCAAUGUAGAGACUGUAGAAUACAAAAAUAUCAGUUUCACUGUAUGGGACGUGGGUGGCCAGGACAAGAUCAGACCCCUCUGGAGACAUUACUUCCAGAACACACAGGGCCUCAUCUUUGUAGUGGACAGCAAUGACCGUGAAAGAGUGGCAGAGUCUUGUGAAGAGCUCUCAAAGAUGUUGAUGGAGGACGAGUUGAAAGAUGCAGUUUUGCUGGUGUUUGCUAACAAACAGGACCUUCCCAAUGCCUUAUCAGUCAGUGAACUCACAGACAAACUCGGCCUACACGCCCUCCGCAACAAAACUUGGCACAUUGAGUCAACCUGCGCCACCCAGGGCACUGGGCUGUAUGAAGGACUUGACUGGCUAUCCAAAGAGUUGUCCAAGAACUAAUGAAAGAUGGACAGAUGAGAGAGAGAGAGAGAGAGAGAGACACUGAACACCACAAGACAGGAGAGAAGGCACAGACAUUCAAUCCCGAAACAUUUGGUCUUCCAGUGCAGAUGUUCACUAAAAAGGACAUGGCUGGUGGACAAUAUAAUCAUCUUUGGGAAAUUUUAGUAUCUCUUAUUUUUUCUUUUGUUACUCUUAUUAGAGUAUUAGCGUAUUAUCUCUUGACAUAAUCUCUUUUUUUCUCCUUUUGUUCUUACAUGGCAACAAGUUGUAAUAACGCAUUCAGUUGCAUGUUGCGCAAAUGGCCUUUUAGGGAAAUUUCAUGGAAAGAAUGUACAGAGAAAUGAGUUGUAUUACCACUUGACACAUUGGCCCCUGUCUAGGCAGCAUUUGCAGUAAUCAACCACUUGUAUAAUUGUUGGACUUGCAUUCAGCCAUUGUCGAGCCUUGGGUGGGGGAUAUGAUGAUAAAACCCUAGAGCUUUGGUGACGAACAGCUUGUACGCUGCCACAAGCUGUUCAUCUCCACAACCCCUUGUGGAUAUUUGACUCCCUUGCAGACCUGACCCUUUGCUCUUCACUGCCUUAGCCCCAUGCCAACUCAUUUCUGUAAAGGCCUGUACCACGAGAUGGAGGAGGAUUGCUGUGAUUUCACAGGUAGAUUUUGUUAGUAGUGUUGAACCAUGUGGAACGUUGUGCCUUCUGGUCCCUCUUUACACAAAUCUGAGUAAUCCUUUCGUUAUGCUCUUUGAUGUUUUUUUUGCUUUUGAAAGACAAUAAUGCAAUAAGACACUUCCUUUUGUGCUGCAGCGUAUGCUGUGGUGCAGCAGAACAGUGUUGAGUGCUUAUUUGCGACUUGACUUUGCAACAGGAUUUUAUCCUGUUGGAAUAUUAGUGAAUUUGUCCUCACUCCUUUUUUUUUCCUUUUUUUUUUUUUUUAAUAGCCACCAUGAAAAACUGAUUUAAUUAUCAUUUCAGUGCUUUAUAUACUCUAACGGGAAAUCUUUUUUAACCUAUAAGACGAAGGAAGUGUAUUUUCAGUGCAACAAAGUAAAGUAGCAUGUUUUUGUUGUUUUUUUGGCAGAGCUUAGUGCUGAGUUUGUUGUACUGUCUGAUGGCAAAUACUGUAUGAUAUUCUGAAUGAUUCUACCCCUAUUGAAACACAAAAAAACAUACCUGCCCUUCAAUUUAUUCAUGUAUACAUUCCAACCUAUGCUUGCAGAUGCUGGAGCUGCCACUAAAAAUUGCUAAAAAUACUUUACUAAAAAGCUCUGAAUAAAGCAAAUGUUUGAAAAAAAA